UCUCUCCUCGUCCUCAUCCUCAUCAGUGCGCGCGGCGCGCUCUCGGGUCUGAAGCGUUCGCUUUUUCUAAAGGAGCAGAAACACUCCGAGAGAAGCGAGAAUGUAAAAGAUUCGUCUCUCCGAACUGUUAGGAUAGUUUUAUUUUACUCUGACACGGAAAGGCGUGAUCAUCAUGAAAUUCCCGUCAGAGAAUCAGAGGAAACAGGUGAACUGGGACCCUGAACAAGUGGCUGUUCAGACAAACAUCGUCCCUCCGAAGAAGGUCCAGUCCAGUCUGGUUCAGGCCAGUGUAGCAGCCAUGCAGAACCCGAUGGGCUGUGAGAUCAAAGCUAACGGUCACUGCACUCUCCCGCGCCUCUCCAUCUCAUCCCGCUCGGCCAGCGUGGUGACUGGGAUGGAUGCAGACGGUGCUGCGCCGCACUCGGUCAUGAAGUGUAAGACGGUGGUGGCCGUGUUUGUGGUGGUGGUGACGUACCUGGUGUGCGGAGGUCUGGUCUUCUGCGCACUGGAGCAACCCUUCGAGAGCAACCAGAAGGACAACAUCACGCAGGAGAAGGCCCUGUUCCUGGAGAGGAACCCCUGUGUUUCUCCAGCCGAGCUUGAGGCCGUUAUCAAGCAUGCAGUAGAUGCGGUCAGCGUUGGCGUGAGUCCCAUUGGAGACACGUCCUAUAAUUCCAGCCACUGGGACCUCAGCAGUGCUUUCUUCUUUGCUGGAACCGUCAUCACUACGAUAGGCUAUGGAAACAUCGCCCCCAGCACUGAGGGCGGCAAGAUUUUCUGCAUCCUUUAUGCCAUAUUUGGCAUCCCUCUGUUUGGCUUCCUUUUGGCCGGGAUCGGUGAUCAGCUAGGGACCAUGUUUAUGAAGAGUAUUCUGAAGGUGGAGAAAGUUUUCAGGCAAAAACACAAGCAAAUCAGUCAGACUAAAAUCCGUGUCACCUCCACUAUACUCUUCAUCAUUGCUGGCUGCAUCAUUUUUGUCACCAUCCCAGCAGUGAUUUUCAAACACAUCGAGGGAUGGAGUACUUUAGAAUCCAUUUACUUUGUUGUCAUUACUCUCACAACAAUCGGCAUUGGAGAUUAUGUAGCAGGAGGAGAUCGCAUAAUAGAAUACAAGAAAUGGUACAAGCCUCUGGUCUGGUUCUGGAUUUUGGUGGGUCUGGCGUAUUUCGCAGCGGUCCUGAGCAUGAUUGGAGACUGGCUCAGGGUUCUGUCCAAGAAAACAAAAGAAGAGGUCGGAGAGUUUAAGGCCCAUGCGGCAGAAUGGAAGGCAAAUGUUCGGGCAGAGUUACGCGAGACACGGCGACGCUUCAGCGGCGAGAUCCACGACAAACUUCAACGUGCGGCCACCAUCCGCAGCAUGGAGCGCAGACGUCUGGGUCUGGAGCAGCGGGCGCACUCGCUAGACAUGCUGUCACCUGAAAAGCGUGCUGUUUUCGCUAGUCCGGACGCCAGGCAAUUUAAGACCUCCUCGCAGGAGAGCAUCGACACUAAACUGAACAACCUGCGACUGAAGGCCGAGCACAGUGAACAGCAGGCAUCCUCCGAGGAGAACAUCUUCAACCGCUUCGGCUCGCUCACCAAACUGGCCAAGCGCAACAGGAGCAAAGACCUCCACAGGAACAUCCCAGAAGAUGCCAGCAGGCUGGGCGAUGUCCUCAGCAGCAACAGCAGCAACGUCAGUUUGGGAGAAGAGAGAAGAGAGGACGAGGAGGAGAUGGAGGAAGAGAAAGAAGCAAUGGAGGCCAACACUGGCUUCACAUGUCUGCCUCACUAUCCUGAGGAACCCAAACAGCAGAACGGGUUCGCUCCGGCUCAGGCCAAAGAACAAGAGCGAAAUAAAAGACUGGAGCAGAAAGAACAUCAACCGUAGGCAGACAGCGACAGGGUGAACAUGUGCCUUUGUGUUUUGUAAGCUGCGGUUUGACACGUUAUCGAUCAACUGGAGCUGAUUUUCACUGUGACAAAUGACAAGUUGCCAAAAAUAUGAAAAGACACAGAGAGCUCAAGGAAUACAGACUGACAUCACCUUAAACUGUAAAUUCUGUCAUUGUUUACUCACACUCGUGUUGUUCCAAACCUGCAUGAAUUUCCUUCUUCAAUGGAAAGCUCCAAAAAUGACAAAAAAAAUUAAUAAAUGUCACUGAUGUUACAUUUGGUGCUAUAUACCAGUUUCAGAUUGACAGUUGUGGUGGAAAGUAAGAUUUCAGUGAAUAACGACUUUUUUGGAACUUAGUAUGAAUUUUUUCACAUUAUUAUUAAUAAUGCAAUUCAUCUGCUUUAGUCAGAAAUCAUAUUGUCCUUUUUUGCUCUGCAGAAAAAGAAACUCAAAUGGGUUUAAUGAGGAUUAAUUACUCCUCACAGGACAGUCAACAAAGGCUUUUGCUCUUUUCGAAGGUGUGAUAACUGUAAAUCACGAUGUCUUAGGAAAGAAAAACAUGCAUGGAUAUCUACUGCUGCUCAGAUGAAUCUGUCAUCUACGAUGGCAAAUCAAAAACUUCUAUGAAACACUAAUUUAUUGAAUUUGGUGAAAAAUUUAGAUGUUCUCAAUAACUUUUGAUUGUGAUGCCAGAGAUUAAACAACAACGAUUUAUCUGAUCGUAAAAUACUGCGUUCACACAGAACUCUAUCAACAUAUCAAACCCCCUCAAAAUGACUGGAAUCGAAGCCAUACUGAUGACAUUAAAUGAAAAUGAAACCCAAUUUACUCAAAGUAUUAGAACAUGAUGAACAAAUGGCAUCUUUAUAAGACAUAUAGUGACCCCCACAAAUAUCUAGACACACUUCAGU